AUGAGUGACAGGACAGUGUUCGUGUUGGACGUGUCGGGGUCUAUGGCCGGGGCUAAGGCCCAGACCCUACACCUACAGACCGUGCGCUUCAUUGAACAAAUAUCUGACGGCAAUUCCGUGGGAAUCGUGUUAUUCAACGGCAAGGCGUGGACAGUGCACGGCCUAACACGACUGGCCACCCGGGAGGUCCGCAACGCCAUCAUUGCCAGUGUCCCGCAAACCGGUAGCGGCUCUACCGAUAUCAGGGCCGGUAUUAUGGAGGGACUGUCGGCGUUCAGUAGGGCCGGUGUCAGUACAGUCGGCGCUAAUAUGUUUUUGGUCAGCGAUGGCGGGCAUUGCUGUGGGAAUCCAGACUACGUGGGCGAUGUGUUACCACAUUUAAGUCAGGCUCAAGUGCGAGUGGUAUGUGUGGCCAUAGGUUCCAGUGCUGACCCACACCUCGAGCGCCUAUCCCAUGAGACGAAGGGAACGGUAUAUAACAUCAGUCGUGUGGGCGCCGACAGUAAGGAAAUGAUAGCCCGUAUUAUGGAGGCAGCGAUGCAAGAGGUGAUCACAUCCAAGGAGAUGGCAGAAGUGGUCACCAUAUCUGUUGUCAACGAGAUAUUAACCAUCGAUGACAGCACCGACUCCGCAGAGAUACAGGUGCCCAUUGACCCUGACAUCGGCCGAAACACGCAAAUACAGGUGCGAUCAGAAGACAUCAAGUUUAUAGAUAUUGAUAUUACCAGCCCUUCCGGUACCACAUACAUUACCAAUGGUGGACAAGUGUUAAAGCGCCUGGAGCUGAAACAAUGUCAGCUAUACCUGGAUGAGACUGAGCCGGGCGUAUGGCUUAUUAAACUUAAUAAACACUGUGGACAGGCUGUUAGGGCUCAUGUUAAGGUCGAGAGUGAAGCUACCGGUGUUAAUGCCAUUCAGAUGAAUGUCCAGUUGAGAGCACCAGAAGCCGACUGUCCACCCAUUAUAAUCUGUACCCUAUCGAAGGCUAAUGAGCCGGUAGUCGGCGCUGUAGUCACAGCUACUGUGGACAGACCUAACGAAACACAGACUGAACUUCCGCUUAAUAACUAUUAUGAGGGCUUUUAUUAUGGCUAUUAUACUGAUUAUAGCGGCACCGGGAGAUAUAAUGUCAGCAUAUUGGCCACCAAUAGUGGGAAUAGUACUAAUUGGAAAGGCAAAGUUACUGGACAAUUUCGUAGGCAAAUAGUAGCCUCGAGUUUCCAGAUCAAGGACUACCAGCCCUCCCAACCCCCAAGUGGUGACCACUUUCAAGAGCUGCUACUUAACAAUGCAUUUGGAGGGAUGCGUAUAAAUAGUACCUCCAAUGGACAGGCAGUCGGUGGUACAUCCGCCUCCGGACAACCUACUAGUUUUACAUCUACGUCCACCAAAGUUACCAUGAUCAACUACGUGAGCGAUGUGUUACCACAUUUAAGUCAGGCUCAAGUGCGAGUGGUAUGUGUGGCCAUAGGUUCCAGUGCUGACCCACACCUCGAGCGCCUAUCCCAUGAGACGAAGGGAACGGUAUAUAACAUCAGUCGUGUGGGCGCCGACAGUAAGGAAAUGAUAGCCCGUAUUAUGGAGGCAGCGAUGCAAGAGGUGAUCACAUCCAAGGAGAUGGCAGAAGUGGUCACCAUAUCUGUUGUCAACGAGAUAUUAACCAUCGAUGACAGCACCGACUCCGCAGAGAUACAGGUGCCCAUUGACCCUGACAUCGGCCGAAACACGCAAAUACAGGUGCGAUCAGAAGACAUCAAGUUUAUAGAUAUUGAUAUUACCAGCCCUUCCGGUACCACAUACAUUACCAAUGGUGGACAAGUGUUAAAGCGCCUGGAGCUGAAACAAUGUCAGCUAUACCUGGAUGAGACUGAGCCGGGCGUAUGGCUUAUUAAACUUAAUAAACACUGUGGACAGGCUGUUAGGGCUCAUGUUAAGGUCGAGAGUGAAGCUACCGGUGUUAAUGCCAUUCAGAUGAAUGUCCAGUUGAGAGCACCAGAAGCCGACUGUCCACCCAUUAUAAUCUGUACCCUAUCGAAGGCUAAUGAGCCGGUAGUCGGCGCUGUAGUCACAGCUACUGUGGACAGACCUAACGAAACACAGACUGAACUUCCGCUUAAUAACUAUUAUGAGGGCUUUUAUUAUGGCUAUUAUACUGAUUAUAGCGGCACCGGGAGAUAUAAUGUCAGCAUAUUGGCCACCAAUAGUGGGAAUAGUACUAAUUGGAAAGGCAAAGUUACUGGACAAUUUCGUAGGCAAAUAGUAGCCUCGAGUUUCCAGAUCAAGGACUACCAGCCCUCCCAACCCCCAAGUGGUGACCACUUUCAAGAGCUGCUACUUAACAAUGCAUUUGGAGGGAUGCGUAUAAAUAGUACCUCCAAUGGACAGGCAGUCGGUGGUACAUCCGCCUCCGGACAACCUACUAGUUUUACAUCUACGUCCACCAAAGUUACCAUGAUCAGUUAUAUAUCGUCGAUUAAGGAGACCUCUGUGGAGGAGAUUAAUAGUUAUCAGCGAAGACUCGAUGAUAUUAAUAGCACAAUUAAUCUAGCUAAACUCGUUAAUGAUUCUUAA